AUGGCGCUCGUGGGCUCAGAAGAAGAACAGAAUCCGUGUGACCCUGGCCACGGCUCUCAUCGCUCUGUGUUCUCCACGGCCGAGCAGCAGCACACUACGCAUCAUCUUCGGGGAACGAGUCCCCAACGGCGCCCGAAGCCCCUACAAUGUCCCGCGACCAGCCAACGAUGGCCGGACAAGGAGGUGCCGCAGACUCCGGGGUCAGUGGGACCACGGAAACGGGCACAGCCGCCGGUGAAGAUGCCAGCGGGCGAAGCAGUUCGGCGACCGGUACCAGUGGCACCACCACGCCGUGUCGUCCAUUCCUACGGCUUCAAGAACGCCUCGGUCGUCUUCAAGGCUUUCAGGCAGCGUGGCAGUCCCGAUGACGUCCUACGCUUCAGGCAGGUCACCUUCGCCCUCACACGCUGCAUCAUCCAGAACUACGACGCCAUUAACCCGGACGGACUUUGCGACUUCGCAUUUAUACCGAUGUACGUGCGGACCGACCACGACAGCCUGAAAGACGACAGCCACGUGGACUUGCAAAAGUUGUUCGCCAUGGCCACGCGACCUGCUACCACCACCAAGUUCGCUAUCAGCUUUCCGCACCGUAGGAACGCCGAAGUUAUUGCUGACGUUAAGGAUCCUCAAGGCCAGGCAAAGCUUCAGGACUACUGGAACAAGAACAUCUUCCAUCACGCCGUUCUCGACCUGGAAGUUAAGCCCUGGGAACAUCUAAACAUCCAGACUGAGGUUCGGGCGGUGUUCGAGUUACUCAAGACGCUGAAAGCCUGGCAGGAAAGGGUGAACGCGAGUCAUCCCAAGACCGCCGCACCGCAGGGUGGCUUCGUAGUGCUAGGCAUCCGAAUAUGGCCGGCUAACAAGAAGCCCUUCCUAGGAAACGUCACGCAGCAGAUGGAGCAGUUCCCGGUGGACGGCUUCGUCCCGUGGACUCACUUCACGGAGGACGAGUUCGAGGCCAAGUACCCGGAAUGCGUCAUCACGGGUGCCUCGCCGAUGACAGACUCCAACAACAACAACACCUUGGACAUGUUCGAGGUGAUGGACUGGGUGAACAGCAGCGUAACGUGGAACAUUCACCCUUCGUUGGCCGUUUCGGUGUCCAUGUGCACGCGCAUCUACAUGACCAGCACGGGGAUGGACGCCAAGUACGGUGACAAGUGCGUGGACAAUCAAACUCCACCGGGUCCGUCUUCUAUGUAUUGCAACGACGAAAAGAAGUACUACCACACGUUCGACACUCACUAUCCAGACCUGGCAGGAUACGGCUAUAAUUUGAAUUUCAGCGAAUUCAUCGCGACCUUCGAACUACAAGCAGCGGUUACAGAAAAGCUGUGCGAGGUCAAGUACCGGUACGAGUACCUGGAUAUCAGCUUGGCGCUGUUCAACAUCGAGUGCGAAGACUGGGAAGACGUGUGCACCACCACGGAUUCCAACGUGGUCAAAGGCAGGGACAGGAUCGGCUACAUCCACCAGUACAGUUCCGGCACGUCGCUGGCAAUGCUGAAAGCGCGGUCGAUACCUGACUGCCCGUGACGUGACGUGCAUGUGUGUGUGUGUGCACGCAGCGACUUUGUUACGUAUGCAUUCAGAUAUAGAGGGGUGCGGGGGGACAGGGAUAUGGGGGAAAAUGAUAGCAGGACUGUCCUCUUCUACGUACAACGCAGGAUGAUAGAGCGUUCAGAACAUUCGGACGCCGGGAGUGAAUCAAGGCACCCUGUUUCGGUUGAUCCACGCUCCUGCGGUAAAAUUGGACCGGAGUACUGAAUCUUGUUUAUUGGCGAGCAAGGUGUGCUUUUAUUCUGUUGAACUCCCGCAUUUGAGCACUCUAGUUCGUUUCCGAUGGAGUAUGUUUGUACUUGGGUGCACACGACCGGACUAUUAGGAGCACUAAAACUCUUGAAAUGGACUUAAAAAGCAAGCGGAGUUGCUCCUCGGAUAAGAGUCGCUGUCACUACGUUUGACUCUAUUGUGAACUUGCGCCUGUUUCGUCCUCUGUGUCUUGUGUGACGGGACCAUAUGGUGGACAGAGGAGAGAGGAAUUUCGUUCUACGGUGGCUUUGACACGCCAUAACCUUGUUCUCGUGCAGUGCUGGGCGAGUAUUUGCUUCGACGUUGGACCCAUGCAGAGCGAAACGCGAGGAGCACUCGCAGUGACUGCAUGACGAGUUACUUAUUACCUAAUUUGCUUCGUCUCUGAAACGGGCCCGCAAUUUAACGUUACAUCUAGCGAAUAAUACAAAAUGCCCUUGAUAUUGUAUUGCAGCCCAAAGGCUUUUGCGUUCACUCUCUCGUUGUGCGGUGUUUCUCGAUCACAUUUUUAUGCCGUACGCGUAUCUUUAAUUUGCUUUGUACUCGAUGGUAUGUGUUUAUGUAGCACCGAUACCUCCGUAGAGAAUAUUAAAG